GGGGGCGGCGGCGGCGGCGGUGGCGGUGAUGGCGAUGCUGCGGCCGCCGCCGCCGUCGCGGCGGCAGCCGCUCUCGAGGAGACCGAGGCGGCGGACGGAGACGUCAUCCUGCUCCGCGUCGGGGGGAUGUCGUGUGGUGGAUGCGCCGCCGCCGUCAAGCGGAUUCUCGAGAGCCAGCCUGAGGUUACCUCUGCCACAGUCGACUUUGAGAGAAAAACUGCUGCGGUGUGGGCAACACCUGAAGCCAAAGCAACAAAAGACUGGCAGAAGCAACUGGGCGAAAAGCUUGCACAUCACUUGAGCGCUUCCGGAUUUCAGUCUCAUCUGCUUGAUGAAGACGAACCUGAUUCUGGAUCUCAACAAUGAGAACCCUUGCAAUUUUACAACCUGAGGGUCCUUGAGAGCAGUACCUACUUACCCUUGUGGAAGUUGUAUAUCGGCUCUAAAAGAGUACAUUUUGUUCGAGAGUUUUAUAGGUCUCAUAAUCACAUUUUUGUUCUUGAAUACAGCCACGGACAACUACAGAGCGUAGAGAUUAUGUUCAAAUUCUCAUAUGGGAAAUUGAGAAAUUUCAUUCGGAUCUAAGGUUCAAAUACAGCAGUAGAAAUUUCGAUCA